AUGAUUUCAGGUAAUCAACAUCAAUAUUGCGGUAAUGAAAAUGUAAUUAUUACAUUUUACAUAUUUGCUAGUUCGCUUCCACCCAUAUUUGACAAUAACGAGAAAAUGCCUAGACUUAAAUCUGAUUUCGUUUAUGAAAGUUGUAUACAUUUAAAUAUUGUUGAUCAAUCAACAAUGUAUGCAUUCAAUUUAACUCGUGCAAUUGACGUUCAUCCACGGCAUUGUUUAGAACUAUGCGUAAAGUAUCAACAAAAAUAUGCUCUAAUGAAUUCUAACAAAUGUCUAUGCACAAACAUUCGAUUAAAAAAGAGAAACGAUAAGUUGUCUGCACUCUCAACAUAUAGUUGUACUCAAGAAUGCCAAGGUAAUUACUUUUACACCUGUGGAAAUUCAAGUAAUUCAACAAUCUAUUCGAUGUAUGCCAUGGAAACAUCAUGUCCUCGUGGUAAGACAAUUGGAAUUGACAACGAUUCCUUGAAUAGAGAAUGUGGUAACGCAUUGCUUUUUAUAGGUUUUCAAGUUAUUGAAGAGCAAAAACGAUGUGUACACGCUAAUAUUUCGGCGAAUACAAUAUCGUUUACGAGUGCACAAGCAUAUUGUAAAUCAGUUGGUGGCAUGCUUGCAAAGAUAAAUGAUGUUUUAGAAAUUCAAGAUAUAUUACCUAAAUCAGUUCUAGCUCGUAGCGUUUACUCGAUUUAUUCAUCUGAUUCUGCUAGACGACGCGCAUACAAUGAAAGCAAAUAUUUUUGGAUUGAUCGGAAAUCCGAUGUGUCACGCAUGAAUACAGCAUCAGACCAUUCCAUUGUAAGAUGUUCGCUUACGCCACACACAGUUGAUGCAAAUUGUAUUGUUCUUCGUUACGAAAAAAUUAUAAUUCAUGAAUCAGUGACUUAUCAACAAUGUUUUACCGAAUCAGAUCAAUGCUCAUCGAUGUCUGCUAUACCAGUUUGUGUGGACGAACACCUAGAAUUAGCUUCAACUGUUAAUCGUUCGAAUAAAGGCAAUGAAUUGUUAGAAUCAGUUAAUACCACAGUGGACUAUUCAUGUGGAAAUAAUGCAGAAUAUCAUCUGAUAAACGGGUUUUGUUACAAAGUAAACAUUCAUGAAGUGACCUGGCACGACGCAAAAUCUGAAUGUGAACGCGAAAAUACUACACUAUUCAUACCUGAAGACGAGUUAACAUUGAAGUCGAUAAGAUCCUUAUUUUUACGUCAGCGAAGUUACACAUCAUCUAGUGUUAUACAUGUAGGUGUGUUUAACGAUAAAAAAGAUCGCAGUGGUACUAAAUAUGAUGGAAUUUAUGAAAGCAGUUCGUCGAAUAUCUUAGAUUCCGAUUCUACUUCUCCUUCAUGUGGAAAAACAUUUCGUGGUCGUUAUCCUUCAGCAUUUUCACCAAUGGCGCGAAAUGAUCGAUCCACGAGUAAACUGACUGGUUGUGGAUAUGUUGAUUUACGGCCUGGUAUGGAGCUAUCAAUUUCAUGUGAUAAAUUACCGUGUGAACAGUUAGCCGCUGUAGUAUGCCAAAAAGCAUCGAUACCAAAAAGCCGUGCAGUUGUGGCAAAACUGUGA